CUACAAGUUCCACAUUACAUCGGGUGCUGGUGUACGCGUAGUGUGGCAAAGGAGAGCCAUUUUGAAGGGGGGAGGGCUGGGAUUGUUGUGGUUUGUUGUACCGCAGCCUGGGAUCCCCAAUGUGUCCGCUUGACUAGAGGCCUCUUGGGCGGCGAGUGGCUUCUUUCCCUUGAGAUGCUUCCUGUGGAAAGUAAGUCAAGAUGUCUUGAAAGUCAGGAUGGAUCAGCAGUUGAACCAUGUUCUAAAAAAAUGAAAUCAACAGAAGAGCCUUAUGGCAAAUCCUAUGAUGGAUUGCAAAGCCUAUAUGAAGAAGUACACAUUAAAAAAACCCAUAGUGGGUUUAUACCUCUGUCCCUCUCUGAUGAUGAGGAUGGAAUACAUGAAACUACGGGAGACCGGGUCCCACCUAAAAAAGUGUUCCUUGGUAUAAAGCCAGUGACGUAUAAGCCUUCAAAGGCAACAAAUAAUGAAAUUACAGGAAAUAAGUACACUUUCUCUGGUAAUAAUACUGUAGAAGUUAAUAGAGCAAAUAAUGAAUCACUGCAAGAACCCAAGACUGAAAGAGUUGAUGAAGUUUAUAGCACAAGCAAAGCGUUCAUUGGACCCAUAUAUAAAAUUGAAGUUGUUCAGCAAUCCAAGGAAAAGAAAAACUACACCAACAGAAACCACCAAAAAGUGCCAAAAAUGCAUGGUGAUAGUUUUAAGAAAGAAAUGAUAUCCAAACGGAGUUUAUCCUGUGAUAUACCAAAAAUAGAAGAUGAAUUAUCCCAGUUCUAUAGUGAAAUUCAUCAGCUUGAAAGUGAUGAAAAUACCUUGGAUAAAGCUGAAAGAGACUUUCAUAAGCAGCCUGUGGAAUAUAACAAAUGGAAUCAAAUAGAGUAUGUCAGCUCUCAAGACCUAUCCUACAGUAAAACAGGUUCUAGUCGUGACGAUGGUCCAUGUUUUUACAGUGAACCCAGUGAUCAUAGAACAUGCACUGAACAGAAUCCCUACAAUGGGCAGAUGGGCCAUAGAACUGGCAAUGGACAGUCUUUUAAUAAUGAUAGAAAUGCAUGGGAAGCUGAAAAACCAUGUAAUAAACAAGCAGAUUCUAGAUUCUGGAAUGAUUCUAUUCCCUUUAAGCCUGGCUGGCAACAGGCACCUCCAUUUAUAGUACCUUAUGGCCCACCACCUCCCCAGUUCAUCCCUAAUUUUAAUUUUCAGGAGCUUGUUUCGUCAUCGCAUCAUUCAAAUUUCAGUUCUUCAAAUGUAGGUCCAUUUGAAAACACCCACAUUAACACAAGCUGUUCACCAGCGAAUAAAAAUAGUGACUGUUCUAGUAAUUCUAGUACUCCAAGUAUACAGACCAUUCAAAAUGGAUACAGUGCCCGUGAAGGGUAUAUAGGUAAUGGUUUCUGUGAAACUGGAACAUGUUGGAAAAAUGCUCAACAAACUGAAAGGUCAAGUAGUGUUUCUCAGCAAAUCCUGGAGGGCAGCUUAUAUGAGUCACAAAAGCAACUUUUGAUCCUGAGAGGCCUUCCAGGCUCAGGGAAGACAACAUUGUCUCGCAUUCUGCUUGGUCAGAGUCGUGAUGGCAUUGUGUUCAGCACCGAUGAUUACUUUUGUCAGCAAGAUGGAUGGUCAUAUAAUGUUGGUCAGCUUGGUGCUGCUCAUGACUGGAACCAAAAGAGAGCAAAGCAAGCAAUGGAUCAAGGAAGAUCUCCAAUUAUAAUAGACAACACUAAUACGCAAGCAUGGGAAAUGAAGCCUUAUGUGGAAGCGGCUCUAGGAAAAUUCUAUAGAGUGGAAUUCCAUGAACCAGACACAUGGUGGAAGUUUGACCCUGAAGAAUUAGAAAAGAGGAACAAGCAUGGGGUCAGUCGUGAGAAGAUUAUUCAAAUGCUGGAAAGAUAUGAAUAUCAAAUAUCUAUACCCAUUGUUAUGAAUUCAGUGCUACCUUUUCAUAAAACUUCACAAAGGCCUCCUCCACAAAGAAGACAGAGGGAAACAGUUGUAAAGAAGAAACACAAACUGCACAAGAUGAAACAGAGAAGGAAACGAAAGAGGAACGGGAAAAUGAGGGGUGCUGCUGUUAAAGUAGUGGAGAAGAAAACUGACCAUCAAACUCCUAGUGAUAAGGACUGGUCACAGAGUGGAGAGGAGGAUUUGGAAGACAAUAGGGAAUCUGCAUGUAUUGAUGGGUAUCUGAAGGAGUUUAUAACAGAUGGUGAAGUUGAUUCUACCAAUGAAAGCAGUCUGAAACAUUCUGAGUUGCAAAAAGGAAGCUUCUGUGUUUCGAGUAUGGUGAAUCAAAUCACUUCAGACAAGUCACUACAAAUUGAUGUUCUUUUAAGAGAUGAAUGUCCAUCUUCCACAAGUUUGCCGUUUGUUCCAAACAAAAAUAUAACUGAACUAUUGUCCAGUGAUUAUUUGCCAGAUGGAAUCCAUAAUGAAAACUUGGUGGAAACCAAGAACAGUAUUUUGGAGUAUAAAAAUGCUCUCCCCAAAUCAGUCUACACCAAUGCAGAAAAUAGUCCUAUUUUAUCCAGUAUAGAAGACAAAGCUCUACCUACCAAAACUAUUUCUGAACUGGGCCCAGUGAGCAAGCUGUUAGGUAACAAGAAGGAAGUAUCUGUUUUUCAUCAGCAUGAGACAUCAAAUAAGACCGAAAGAAACACCUGGGCUUUCUUUUCUGUUGACUUGGUUGAUGAACAGCCCCGUGCUAGCUCUGACAAAAAUGAAUCAUGUUUGACUUGGCCUGAGUGUUCUUCUAAUGUCAUAUAUGAGCAAAGGCCAAGGAAAGCAAGGAAGCUCAAACAGGUCUUUUCAGAGAGGACAACAGAAUUCAGCGAUAACAAAUCUAACAAAGAGCUGGAGAAUGGAGGUGAUGGGGCAGUAUUAAACAAAGGAGAUAACAGAAUAGAUUGUUCUCUGCUAUUACCUCUCUCUGAGAUGCCAGGCAUUGAAGCUAGUAAUUUCCCCAUAGAAUCUAUAACUAAAGACAAUGAUCCCAGUGGUGUGAUUUUGUUAGCAUCACCCCCAGGAAAAGGAAGAUGUAGAAGGAUCUUCAACUUGGCUCCAAACUUUGAUUUGCCCAGGCAGAUUCCAGAUAGGAAUGAUGAGAAAGUGCUAAAUGAUGCAGAUGUAUUUAUAGAUCAAGAGAAAGUUUCAGGUGACAAUAUUAGAGGUGAGGAUAAGCAAAGUCUUGGAUGCCAUGGAUCUCCAGUGCCUUCUAGUUAUGCUGUAGUAGUAGACUCUUUUUGUCCUGAUGUAGAAUCUCCAGUGUGUAACUUGGUUCCAACCAAAUUGACAGAAUUUAUGGAGUCUUCAAAGAAUAUAGUUGCUUCUCCAAUUCAGAUAUGUACUUCUGCUUCUUUACACAAAGAUGGGCAAGCCGUUACUCCUGAUAAAACUCUGGAAAUUAAUAACGAUAGAAAGGAGAAAAUGCCACGUGAUAUUUCAACCACUCAACCAGAUAUUUUAUCUUCAGUUAAAGAAGCUACUGAGAGUCUUACAAAUCCUGUUGCUGAACAGUGUAAAAAUACGCACCAAAUCAAUAAACUUGGAGCAACAAAAUGUUCCCAAAUUGGAGAUGAUCAAGGUCUUUUAAGCACUAAAUCCAGUUUUCUGAAGCUUCCUUUAUCACUAGGGUUUGCACUUCAACUAGUAAAGCUGUUUGGUUCUCCAGCUGUUCCAUUAGAUACUUUGCUACCAGAUGAUUAUGUUGUUCCCCUUGACUGGACAAUAUCAAAGGAGAUCUAUUUACGGUGGAAAGCUUCUGUGGAGGAAAAACAGAGAAAGAAUCGAUCCAAAGGAUAUGAUGCCUUGCCUGCUGAUGCAGCUGCCCUGGAAGAUUCAAAGGAGGUUGAUGAUCAAGAAUCCUCUGAUGCAAAUCCACAAAUGCACUUGUUCCAGUAGACUUGGAAAAACAUCAUCGCUCUGACGAACUGUUUUCCUGAUAUGAUAUUCAAGCAACAAAAGUGGUUCAUCUGAACUUUUGUCUAAAAAUAAACAGCAUUUUGUGCAGAAAGAACUUGCUCAAUUUAGGCUUCACCAUGGAUCAGAACAGCCAGCUGUGUUACAGUGUUGGUGAGAAGCGCAUAAUGCAAAAUUUGUUGAAUGAUCAACAACCAUAGUUUUUGCCUUCCAUCCAUGUAAGCCUGUUGAGUUUUUGUUUGAAAUAAAACCAACAUUUAAAGAGCA